GAGGCGGGGAGCGAAGCGGCUGGCAGGCAGGCAGGCGGCACGGGAAAUAAACCCAAGGGAACUUCGAUUUUUCUUCCCCCUCCCCAUUAUUUUUCCUCCCCUCCGUACUUUCUCCUUUUUUUUUUUUUUUUUUUUUUUUCCCCCCUAAAACACUUUUGGACCAAGUUUUCUUCUGACCGUCUGGACUUGGCUUUUGAUUUUUUUUUUUCUUUUAACUUUUGCAAAGCUGCCUUUUUUUUUUUUUUUUUUCCCCCGAGUGUUGUGUGUAUGGCAAAAAAAGAAAAGUUACUGUCGAGCCAAGUAAUUCAGGCGCUCUGCAGGCAGGAGGGGGGAGAAGAGAAGGAAAAAGCUGUCUUUGUUGCUAGCGAGCCCUUGCUGCCUUUAUGUGACUGAGGGCAAGCGACUGCAGGGAAGGCCAGCGUGCGAGUGCCGGCAGCGGCUCCUCGCUCCGGCAGGGCUGCGAGCGGCCGGCGGUUCCGCUCCCCGCUCGCAUUGCUCCACUUCGCUCCCUCCGCCCGUGCGCACCCACAGAGGGCUCUGCCCGUCCCUCUCCCGGCCGCGGUGCGCGGGGGCGGCUCCCGGCGGCUCCCUCCGCCGGUUGCCAUGGUGCCGCGGCCCGGCGUGCUGUGGGCAGUGGCGGCGGCGGCGCUGGCGCUGCUGGUGCGGCGGGCGGCGGCGGCGCUGGCGGGGCCGGUGGUCCGUUGCGAGCCCUGCGACGCGCGGGCGCUGCAGCAGUGCAAGCCCCUGCAGCCCGACUGCGCCGAGCGGGUACGGGAGCCGGGCUGCGGCUGCUGCCUCACCUGCGCCCUGCGCCCCGGGCAGCCCUGCGGCAUCUACACGGAGCGCUGCGGCGCGGGGCUCAGCUGCCAGCCGCGGCCGGAGGAGGCGCGGCCGCUGCAGGCGCUGCUGGAGGGCCGCGGGCUUUGCACCAACGCGACGGCGGGCGGCAAGCUGCGGGCCUUCCUGCUGCCGGGACCGCACGCUGCAGGAAAUUCUAGUGAUUCAGAAGAAGACCAGAGUACCAGCAGCACAGAAAAUCAGGCCGUUCCAAACUCUCACAGAGUGCCAGAUUCCAAGUUGCAUCCACCACAUAUCAAAAUAGAUAUCAUCAGGAAAGUGCAAGCCAAAGAUACACAGCGCUAUAAAGUGGAAUACGAUUCGCAGAGUACAGAUACACUGAAUUUUUCUUCUGAAUCCAAACAAGAGACUGAGUAUGGUCCAUGUCGUAGAGAAAUGGAAGACACUUUAAAGCACCUAAAGAUCCUGAAUGUCUUGAGUCCAAGGGGCUUUCAUAUUCCGAAUUGUGACAAGAAGGGGUUCUACAAGAAAAAGCAAUGUCGCCCGUCCAAAGGCCGAAAAAGAGGUUAUUGCUGGUGUGUGGAUAAAUAUGGACAGCCACUUCCCGGGUAUGAUGGGAAGGGAAAAGGAGAUGUCCACUGCUAUAACUUGGAAAGCAAAUGAGGACUGGGUGCGAGCUCUUUUGGCAUCUGGGCGUGGCCACUGGACCUCACAGAGACCAUGGAGGGCUGGGCAAACACUGUGGACUGCAUUGCGCAUGAAGUAUUGAGCUCUGCCUCUGCAGCAGGUGGGGAGUUGCAGCCUCUGCAGAUGCUGUGGCAGCUGUACCCUGCCACCAACGUGCGUUGAGCUUCCUAUAGGAUGUUUAGGAGCUAUGAAAUCCCAUGUAAAUGUGCACUAUUGAUACCUAGAGAGAGAAAAACAAAAGGCACUUCAGAAUGGAUUCAGGGAGUCUCCACUUACUUUUUAAAGAAUGGCCUGUGACCAAUUUGAUCCUGAAAGAUACUGUUGUGUUUUUUUUUAUUUUAAAGAAUUUAUAGAUUUUAAGCUUGUAAAAGUAUUAAAGAAAAAACCACAAAACAAACAAAAAAACCCUACAAGGAUUUAAAGGUAAGGCUUUUUUUACAGGUCUGAUGGGAAACUUGUCUUCACGGGUAAAAGGUUUUAUAAAAAUCUCAAAGAACUUUUUAAAGAAAUGUAUUUCUAAAAUAAAGACAUGGCUAUUUUUUCUGUAAAAAAUAUUAUGAAUAUUCUGUUAGUCUGUAUUUAAUAUAAUUGUUUUUUAAUAAACUUUAUUUAAAUGUAACAUGUGAAUACCAAAUAUUACAUGGUAAUUCUAGUGUAUACUUCUGUAUGCAAAGAGAAAGUAAGGGUAUGGAAUGACCUAUAAGUAUAUUUAAAUCCAUAUACAUACACACUGACAUAUUCUAGAUCAUAGAAAUUAAUUUGUGGAGCAAAGGAAGUGUUUCUAGAAGAGUUUGAGAUUUUGUGUAUUUGAUAUAACUAGAAAUUCCAAGAUAAUUUCU